AUGCCUCGGGUCAAAGUGGUCAAACCCCAAUUGGAGCUAAACCCAGCUGUAUGGAAUAAAGUAUCAGAGGAGCCGCACGGUGGGACAUGGUCGUGUUUGCUCUGUGGCGCAAGGACCAUGGUAUUCAGUUCCAUUCGAAAACACAUCAAUUACCAAAAACAUCAAGAAUUAGAAAAUAAUUUCCUUAAGAUGCAAAGCAGAGUAACUCAGUUCAAAGAUACUAUGAAUACUCCUGAGUCCCACUUCACCGGACGUGAGGAAGAAAAUUCAGCUGGUAAUGAGGUUGAUGAUCCUGAGCCGGGAAUCAUCAAACCACCCAAUCAUGGACCGCAGGAAAACACAUUCAGUGACAACGAGCUGGACUCGUGUGCAAGUGACCUUGACACAUCAUCUGAUUUGUCCGAUUUGAACUCAAACGAUGAGGCUGACGGCGAGGAUUUUGAGCUAUCAGCAGAAGACCUGGAUUUAAUGCGCGAGCUGGGCAGGGUUGGCGAUGGAGACUUAGCAAGUACCACACCUCGACCACAUGUGGAUAGGAGUUGGUGGCCCUUCCGGACAAAAGAAUACAUGAUUGCUUCACUAGUCAUUGGAUACGCCCACGCAAUACUCUCGCAGAGCAUCUACGACCGCAUCCGUUCAAUGUUUUCAUUGGUACACGUCAUCCUACCUGAUUGGACAACAAACCGACGUGAGAAAAAAAAACACCGGGAUUUGCUACAGAUGGAUGUGAACAAGUCUUACUCAAUCCUGGGGAACCCUACGUACGCCCUGAGCAUCCAGAAGAUCCUCGCGCAGGAAGUUGGAAAUCCUUUGGUCACACGGGCAAUGGAUUACUAUCCCGAAGAUGCGAGGGGCAAAAAUAUAUUCAAGUUAUUUCAAUCCAAAAAAUGGCUUGAGGAUAUGGACCCGGAUUCCAGAGCCCCAAUGGUUCGAACAAAAAACGGAGAUUUCUAUCUAUUCGAUCCGGUUCAACUCCCCAACGAUUCCGUUGUCGUUCCCAUUUUUUUUAUAAAAGAGGUGAGGAUUUGUGGUCAAAAUAUCGCUCACGAAAUCCAUAUCUCUGAAUUUUAUUGUGCGUUUCCAAAUAUUGCUGGACCGGAUGGACUCAUGCUAUCUCAGCGAUGUCAGGGUCGACUUUAUGAGCUGGGUGAUCACAUGACCGUGAUACAUUUACUGCCUAAUCCAUGGAGGAACCACACGAAAGGAAGGAUGAUUCGACACAUGCCCAUCACCUUGUAUUGUGAUGACACCUCAGGAAAUCAGUCAAAACGAUGGAACAAACAUGUCUCGUUUUAUUUCACACUGUCUGGACUCCCCCCAAACUGGAGCAACCAACAAUACAACUGUCAUUAUCUCACCACAUCAAAUGUUGCAAAUGCGAUGGAGCUUGCUGGCCCAAUCGUGGAUGAAAUGAACCAAUUGUCAACCACCGGAGCCGUUGCAUGGGAUGCUGGCUUAAUGGAAGAGGUCCUGGUUACAUCAAAUGUCCUGUGCUUCCUGGGGGAUUCCCCAAUGCAUGCUGAGGCAACAAGUACCCCAAUACCUACCAAUUCACUCCACCCAUUCCGCGCGUGUGAUCUUUCGUCAGUCAGUGUCAAGGAUAAGGCCACUAUUGAUUAUGUCUGUUCGUUCACCAUGCUUGAUUCCUCUGGCCUUUGGGUGAGUGAAUCAUAA